CUGGCUUUAUCAGAGCAUGGGCAGAAGUGACCUAACACUGCAAACAAAAUGCUGCUUCUAGCUUCAGCUUUUUUUCUAACACUACUGCAGUGCUCUGAUGCCCAAAACAAAACAAGCAUUACACCUGCAGACUGUAAUACCAUUGAAACAGAUGCAGGAGUGGCCCUGGAUUUGGUCAACAGGCAUCGCAGAGAUGGCUAUGUGUUUGGUUUAUUCCGGGUUGCUGACGCACACAAACUCCAUAUAGGAAAUUCAUCAGUCCUCUUCUUAACUUUGGAUGUGCUGGAAACUGAAUGCUCUGUAUUAUCCAGAAAACACUGGGAGUCUUGUGACUACGGUGACACCUAUUUCAUGGACUUCGGGCAAUGUAAGAUUAUCAUAUAUACAAGCCAGCUGCUGAAGAAACCUCAGCUAUAUGGAUUUAAUUGUACACUAAGUCCAGUUCCUCCUGAUUUAUUAGAGUGCAAAGAUUGUCCUGUGAAAGUUGAAGUCUUAGAAGUCACCGAGCAACAUAAAAAUAUUGCUGCAAAGGCCCUGGAGAAAUUCAACAGGGAGGGUAACCACACAAACUACUUCAAUGUGGACAAAGUUGAAAAGAUUUUAAAGAUGACUGCCUCCCGUGAAGGUCACAUUUUAGGAUUCUCUAUAAAAGAGACAAAUUGUUCCAAAUCUGCACAACAAGCAAAUCAGGCAUUGGAAUGUGAUUUUCUGGAUGACUGGCAUGCUCAUGUGGGAUUCUGCAAGGCAAGAAUUAUAAGUCAUCCAGAGGAACCUGAUGGAACAGAUAUAAACUGUGAAAUCUACCAUCGUUGGCAGCAUGACCAUGGGCAAAGAUGCAAACAUUCAACUCUAGGACACCGACACAGACAUCCCCAUCAUCAUUUUGGUCACAGACAUCGCCACAGACACCAUCACAGACAUCAUCACAGGCAUGGAUGUCCACCCUUUUCUCAACCCAGACCUGAAGACCCUGAGCAUAACCAUAGCUUCAAUGAAGAACAUCAAGACAGCCAUGAAGAACCUGCUCCUCCUCCCCACAGUGGACCACAUCAACACCUUCCUCCUCCUCCUCCCCAUGAUGGACCACAUCCUCCUCCCCAAGAGGAACCACAACCACCCCCUUCUGUUCCUCCUCCCUAUGAGGCACCACAUCCUCUCCUCCAAGAGGAAGCACAAUAUGACCCUUCUGCUCCUUCUCCCCAUGAUGAACCACAUAAUCCUCCUCUUCAUCCCCAUCAUGGACCACACUGUCCUCCUCCUCCUCAUGGACCACAUCACCACCAUCCACCUCCCCACUGUGGACCACACUGUCCUCCUCCCCCUCCUCAUGGACCACAUCACCACCAUCCACCUCCCCACUGUGGACCACGCUGCCCUCCUCCCCCUCCUCAUGGACCACAUCACCACCAUCCACCUCCCCACUGUGGACCACAUCACCCUCCUCCUCCAGGACACCCUCCUCAUCUCUGUCAUCACUAUUACAGACAUCACUGCAACAAGACAAGUAUAUCAGGAAAGUACUCUCCAUUCCAAAUAACAGGAGCUCUCUAUCGCAUUCCAGUUCUAAACCAGCAGGAUUCUCUCACACCUCCCACUGCAAACUUUCCUGAGCUAUCCCAAAGCAACCCCCACUCCUCCAGCACUGCUGAAGGUAUUCCCUUCACCGGCUCAAGUCUAAAGGAGAUGCUAGAAGCUCUGAGUUUUCCAGAUCACCCUGCAGAAUCAAAGUCAUGCCCGGGAAAGCCCAAACUUGUUCUUCCAAAAAUUUUGCCUUUAUUUCCACAUAGCUCCAUGGCAGAAAAUUCUCCUCCAUGA